CUUCCCCCGACCACGCGCCCGGCCCAUUUGACAUCAUGGCGCCUGGAAACCACGCUGUGCGCCCUUUGAAUUCGUGCUUACGAUGCGUUCGACAAACCGGCAAUGGCAACGCCUCCCUCGUUGCCAACUCCGCGCGAUUUCUCUCCUCGACUGCGCGGACCCCCGAAGACGUCCAAGUGAACAAAACCGAGAAAGUCGAGAGGGUCGACAAGUUUCCUGAACUCGAUCCAGCAACUGUCGUUGGUAAACGCGAUGAGAGACGCUUGAUUCGAUUCCGGGGCGUUAUGCCCAUUGGUUCUCGAAGACGCCGGGCCGCUCUCCAAAAUUCUCAGAACAUACCCUUCGAACAACUUCCGUACCAAUGCUUCCAAGACGCACGAAAGGUGCUCCAAGAGGAUCGCCAAGAGAAGAUCAAGCAGAUUGAAGUUGCAAGGCUAAGGAUCGCGAAUCUGCAAGCCCAAGAUGAAGCUAUCAGUGGUGGAAAACAAGCCAAAGAGAACCGACUCCGAAGCAUGUACAACCGCCUGGAAGAGUUGAAGAUCCUAGCAGAUAUCAACGACCCCGUGGUCAAGAAGAAGCACGAAGAUGGUGAAGAGGAUAUGAACAAGCCUAUCUACCGAUACCUUGCAGACAAGCAGUGGCGCCAAUACCGACGGAAGAUCCUAGAGCAGCGCAUAUCUCAGCUAAAUCUUGUUCCCGAUAUCCUCCCACAUCUGGAUCCCGUCGCAGAAGUCGAUCUCGCUUUCGGUCGACGCAAGAUACCGCACGGCGAUUUUGUAGACUCUCUGAUCAGUGAGCGUGCGCCUAGGCUGAAGGUACAGGUCUUUGACAAGGGAGAGAGGCUUGUUACGGUUGUAGUGGUGGACCCGGAUGUUCCUAUCGUGCAGAAGGAUGGUUUCGAAUACCGGUGUCAUUUUAUUGCCUCAAACAUCCCGAUCUCUCCAACCUCAACUUCCAUUGCUCUAAACCAGCUCGAUCUGAAAGUCAAAGAUACCACUGCUAAGCACAUUGCUCUGCCCUGGCUCCCACCCACAGUUCACAAGGGCGCCCCUUACCAUCGACUAGCAGUCUUCCUCCUACGACAAGCAGAUGGCAACGUCAUCGACACUGCUAAGGUCGGGCGUAGCACAAAGAGAGACGGAUUCAUCCUCCGAAGCUUUAUAGACAAGCAAAGGUUGACGCCAGUGGGCGUCACCGUGUUCAGGACGAAGUGGGACGAUAAUAUGGCUAGUGUCAUGCAGAGAGCGGGCUUGGGAGACCAGGUGAACAUGGAGUUCAAGAGGAAACGCGUUGAGCCUCUUCCAUAUAAGAAGAAGGAUGGUGCUAGGUACCGGUAGAAAAAAAAGGCUGUACAAAAUUAGUAGGUUCUGUAGGAUGUGUAUUAUAUAUGCCCGGUACAUCAGCGCACGAGCUGUGUGAGUACUGGAGGUCUCUUAAUGAUUUGCCAAAUGCAUCUGGUAAUACUAUAUCUAUUUCAUUGAAUUACAAUCUUCACAGGAAAAGUUCAUCGAACGGCAACAUUUGCAACACCCCGAAACAAACCAACGAUAUGCAUACGUCUUCGGUUGCGGUUCAUCAAAGGCCAUACUCUUUGAUCAUCACCUCCGCCGCUUUUUGACCGAUCAGAUACGCCGUAGGUUGAGUGUGAUUG